UCGAAACUCCUUGCGCUCAGCGAGAGCGAACCGAGAUACGCCAUCUGUCUUUCGUCUCAUCUCUUGCACUCAAAGCUUCAAAUCGUCUCUCCCUCUCCCUCUCUCUCGAUGCCAAGAAUCCUCGCGAAAGCGACGACCGGUGCCUUCUUCUUCUGAGACGAACGAAGGGCGGCGGAGGGAGCUCGGAUCUGGUCGCCGGAGGAGGGCAGGAAGGCGGCGGCGGCAGCGAGGCGGAGGCGGUGGUUUUGGGGGGGGGAGGAGGAGGAGGAAUGACGUAUAGGGCGGACGACGACUAUGAUUACCUCUUCAAGGUCGUGCUGAUCGGAGACUCGGGGGUCGGGAAAUCGAACCUGCUAUCGAGGUUUACGAGGAAUGAAUUCAGCCUCGAGUCGAAGUCCACCAUCGGCGUCGAGUUCGCCACCCGGAGCAUCCACGUCGACGACAAGGUCGUCAAGGCCCAAAUUUGGGACACCGCCGGCCAAGAAAGAUACCGAGCUAUCACAAGUGCAUAUUAUCGAGGAGCUGUUGGCGCACUCCUUGUCUAUGAUGUUACUCGUCACGUCACGUUUGAGAAUGUGGAAAGAUGGUUAAAGGAGCUUAGGGAUCACACAGAUUCCAAUAUUGUAAUAAUGCUCGUUGGGAAUAAAGCUGACUUGCGCCACCUUAGGGCAGUUUCAACUGAAGAUGCAAAGGCUUUUGCUGAGAGGGAGAACACCUUCUUCAUGGAGACAUCUGCUCUGGAAUCAACGAAUGUGGAGAAUGCCUUCACUGAAGUGCUCGCUCAGAUAUAUUGUGUGGUCAGCAGGAAGGCACUCGAUAUUGGUGAUGAUCCAGCAGCAUUGCCCAAGGGUCGGAUGAUUAAUGUGGGAGCCAAUGAUGAUGUAUCUGCUGUGAAGAAAGUCGGUUGCUGCUCAGCUUAGGCCUGGGAAACAAGGUAGUUGAUCUUGUAAUCUAGGGAAACACUGGAGAAUUUCAAAUGCUGCCGGACCUGUUGAUACAAGGAUGCUGUUGGGAUGGCACAUAAAAGACGCUUCUCCUUUGCACAGAAGUUUUGCUGGUCAUGACAUGGUUUGAGGAGGUUUAGACUUUGCCUGAGAUGGCUAAAGAAUAGGAUUUCAUAUUUGCAGUCUGUUAUUUUGUUGCAUUCAGACUAUUGCUUCUCAUUCAAUGUAUUGCUAUUACUUUUGAUUAACACAAGCUUCUGUUGCAUUCAGUUAUUGGAUUCCUGGAUACCCUGCGCUCGUUAAAAAAAAAUUUCUAUGGCUAAAUGAUUGGUUGGUCA